AUGGAUGUGAUGGCUGUGCAGCCAGGGCUGCUUCUGUCGGAAGAUGUGUUGCAACGGCGGGGAUACUGCCCUGUCGUCCUACUGUACGACGGUGCUGUAUCGCCGAUGGGACCACUUCCAUGCGUUGUACCCGCCCGUUCGUGGACUGAGGCACUCACUGGUCUGCAUGAACAGUGGACAAUGCCGCUUGCACAGGACGAGUAUGUACCGCGCGCCAUUUUGAUCUGA